UUGGGCUCUGACUUAUGGUUGCAAUGAUAAAUCGUAUCCUCCGAAGGGCUGUGUAUAUGACGGUUAUGUGACGCCGACUUUCCCGAUUGCUGCGAAAUGAGUUUCAAAUGCAACUAUGCUUAAAAUUGUGCGUUUACGUUUUGCAAAGUACGUCAAAUUGAGCAUGAAUAAAAUAUAAAACAUAUUUACGAAAUUCGAGCUAGAUUGUAGUUUAAUUAUAUGAAGAUAUUAGAUACAAAAAAGUAGCUUUUACAGUUUUGGGUACAUUCCUCGAUGGACGCGCGCACUUGGUUCCUUUUAGUUAUGCUCCUCUGGAUUCUUUUCGACGCAGGCCAGUCGGCGGAAUGGGAGGACAUCCAGUACGACCCGAGCCAUCCUGGUAAGUGCACCAUCAACCCGGGAGUCGUCCUGAAUCCGGGGGUUAGCAUCAAGGAUCCCACGCACGAGUGCCGCAAAAUCUUGUGCGGACUCAACGGACGUGUCGUUUACCACAGCUGCGGAGUGAGCAUCCUGCCGCCUCCUUGCCGCUACGGUGGAUAUAUCAAUCCAGAUCUUCCUUAUCCGGACUGCUGCAGCAAAGCCCUACUUUGCAACUAGGCAGCCGAUCGCUCGUGUUCAAUUGGAUAUAUUUAAUAUUUCUGUCGAUAUCUGUGCAGAAUGUUGUUUGUCCCAGAAACGUUUAUUAUUUAUGCACCAAAAUUUUCUGCCUUGGGAUACGACUGAAAUUUCUAGUUGGAAAAUGUGUUCACUU